AUGGUGAUGUCCCAGGGCACCUACACUUUCCUCACCUGCUUUGCCGGCUUCUGGCUCAUCUGGGGGCUCGUAGUCCUACUCUGCUGCUUCUGUAGCUUCCUCCGCCGCCGCCUCAAGCGGCGCCACGAGGAGCGACUGCGAGAGCAGAACCUGCGCGCCCUGGAGCUGGAGCCCCUGGAACCCCUGGAGCCCUUAGAGCUGGAGGGCAGCCUGGCCGGGAGCCCCCCCGGGCUGGGGCUGGCCCCCGGAUUGGCCCCGCAGGCCCGAGUCCGUCUGGAGGCCCCCGGCCAUCCCCAUGCCCUGCAUCACUCGGCCCCACCACAGCACCAGCCCCACCCAGGCCACCAUCACCCGCAUCCGCCCCACUCGCACUCCCACCCGCACCCGCACCCUCAUCCGCACCCGCCUCACGUCUUGGUGCCGCCCCGGCCCUGGAGCUACCCGCGCCAAGCCGAAUCGGACCUCUCCAAGCCCCCGUGCUACGAGGAGGCGGUGCUGAUGGCCGAGCCGCCGCCGCCCUACAGCGAGGUGCUCACCGACACGCGCGGCCUCUACCGCAAGAUCGUGACGCCCUUCCUGAGCCGCGACAGCUCCGAGAAGCAGGAGCAGCCACCCAACUACAAGCCCCUCUUCCUGGACCGAGGCUACUCCUCCGCGCUGCACCUGCCCAGCGCCCCGCGGCCCGGCCCUCCCUGCCCAGCCCUCUACCUGCAGGCCGAGCGCUCCCGCCGCGUCUUCCCCAGCUGGACCGACUCGGAGCUGAGUAACCGCGACCCUCUGGAGCACGGAGCCUGGCGCCUGCCCGUCUCCAUCCCCUUGUUUGGGAGGACUACAGCCGUAUAGAGGGGGCGGCCCGAGCCCCUGCCCACCCCCCCUGGCCCCACCCUGGGGGCUGAGCGCCCCGACCGGAGCCAACGCUGCCCCGCUCCCUGCCCCGUCCCACGCCUUCUUCUCUUUCUCUUUCCCCGAGGGCAGGCCCUUCAGACUUUCUUAGGCCUCGGGGGUUUUUAAAAACAACAAAAAACGCUUCCCUGGGACUCGGGGCUAUUUCUUACCCUGUUUGUUACAUUUUGAGGAUAAUAAAGGUGUGUGAUCGGCUUUGG